AUGGCGCCAUGGAUUCCCACGUUCAAAUCGGCCACUGAAGCCGAGUUGGCCGCUAACGAAAACAAUCCUCCAUUCAUUACAUUUCAGUUUGCUACUGCCGACGCUCAGGGCUUCCCCCAUGUCAGGACGCUUGUUUAUAGAGGGUUUUUAUUCGACGAUAGAAACAGUAAUGUGAUUACAUGUGUAACAGAUAAGAGAACCAACAAAUACAAGGAAUUGUUGACGAAUGAUAAGUUUGAAGCGGUAUUUUACUUCCCCAAGAUCAGGAAACAGUUUAGAUUUCGAGGUAUGGCAAGAAUCAUUGACAAUACAUAUAAACCUGUCAUCGACUUGUCUAGUAUACAGCCAAAGACCAUAAUACAAAACAACUACCAGAAUUCAAGUGAUAGUGACUCGGAUGAAGAUGAGGAUGAAGAAGAACUCGAAAUAAGGGCGACUAGCACAUCUUCAUCGCUCACAUCGGGGCCCCAUAAUGACUCUUCGUGCCAAAUGACCCCUAUCAGCCACAGUCUUCUUUCCCCAUCACUCUUAUCUCAAGUUCAGAAGCAGAAGUCUUCAGAGAAUAUUUCAUACACUAAUUUGCAAGAUUUAUCGAGCAUUGACUACUAUCCUCCGACUAGCCAAGAAUGGGAGUCCGAGCACAAACGUUUAUGGUUCAACUUGAGUAAACCGUUGAAAAAGUCGUUUAGGAAACCCACUCCUACAACACCUAUAACCGAUGAAAACCAGAAGUUGAUAGAUUCUAUAAAUAGGGGAGUCGAUGGUAAAAAGGACGAAGAUGGCUUGAAGAAUUUCGCAGUCAUUGGACUCUUUAUAGAUUACGUUGAUUUGUAUGAACUUGACAAGGAUAGAAGGUACAUGUAUACUAAGGAUUCUACUCAGCUGUGGAGUGAAGCUGAAGUUUGCCCUUGA